UUUCAAAAACCUUAUCAACACUGUGCCCUUUCCUUUCUAUUUGCAUUCUACUUUCCCUUCAACCUGUGAACUUUCCCUUCAAUCUGCUGCAUUAGAGCUAUCAAUUUCAAUUCAAAAUCUUCAACUCAUACGACUCCCAGCCACACCUCGUCAUCUUCCAACACUCGACAGCCAUCAAUUUCCUUGAAUCUGUGAAUUUUUUCAAAUUUUCUUGACCUAUUUGAUGCCCAGCCCUCUUUAUCUCCCUAACGUUCAACAAUCAUCAAUUAUCAUUGAAUCUGUGGAUUUUCCUUCUAUCUUCUUGAGCCCAUUCGACAUCUAGCCACUCUGGUUUAAAUCCUAACCUCAUCAUCACCGCAGCAUUCAACUCUGGGUGGGUCCUACACCUCGGAGCUCCGCCCUAUGGUUCCCAAUGAAAGGGUGUGAGACGCAGGUUCAAACUUCACACUGCACUUGCAGCUCCAUUGGUUCACUUUGGUUUAAACAUCACGCCACUUUUAGAGCUCCAUGACCUUGCCUCCCUCAACCACGAGCUCAUCAACUGCAGUUAUGUCGAUUUCGUCAAUCACAGUACCUAGCUAGUAGACGUAUUAACCAGCAAGGAGAGUUCAGAUUUACAGGUUUCUUUGGGAUUUCAGCCUCGAAAUGAUUUCCUCUUCAAAGAUAUUUAACUAGAGAGUUAUUAUUUGUUGACCAGGGUGAGUUGCCACUCGUAGUCUCCAAUGAACUAUAGACAUUUGGGCAUUUGUUAUUCACAUUAUGAAUCGCUAAUUGGCUGCUAUUUUCCUAAUGCAUUUGUAGAAAGGAAGGGGAGUCAUGUCUUUCUUGAUUGCAGUUUGUCAGAGCCAUCUACAGUAUGCAGUAACAUUUUAUUUAGAAUUGAUGGUUCUCCAUUAUUACAUCCAGGCAGACAAUAACUGAGAUGAUCUCAUCAAAUGGGAAGAAUUCCUAGACAGUUCCAAGGGCGUUUCUGUAUCGUUUACCCAAAAAUCAACUUUUGCUUCUAAAAGAGACCCGCAAUGUGGAAUAGUUCGGAUUCUCCGGCUUGCCUGAUCCUGCAGAAUCCACUAAAACUGUGACAAAGUUAUCAUGUGAAGUAAAAUUUGGUAGAAUUGGCUUGAACAUAAAGCACAGGCUGUUUGAUAUGAACUCGCAGUCUAUGCACAGCAGAAAUGGAUGUUUUUCCGUGCAAUAAUUCGCACAGUUACCCAAUACCCAAAUAUAUAUUGUAGCUGUGGAACAUGUAACUUUGAAGCAUGGUCCUCACCUAACAUUACGCGAAACCAAUAAGACAUUGCCUUGUAAUCAAAGGCUUAAUCCAAAAGAAAGAAAGAAAAAGCAAUGGUGAUCGAAUCGAGAAUGGAGCAUAUCCAAACCUCUAAACCUUCUAUUCCAAUUCAAGCAUUCAAGGGUAAUAGGUUUACCCAAUCUGCAAGACAAAGCAAUUGUAGUACAGGGGAACUCUCAAUUCUCAAGAGCCUUAGCCUUGCAGAGAAGGAUAGGCAGAAAAAAAUUUUUCCAAUUGGCGGUUUUUAAUAUGUAUUUUAAACAAAAAGAAGGGGCAACAGCUUUUGUUAAUUUUUAGGUUGGAUGAACCCCGACAAAAGACACCAUAGGAGAGGGACAAAAGCUCAGUGGGUUUAUCCUUAAGGAAUUUGAUUGACUGUUGGGUGUAGUUGGCCCGUGCUCUUUUCGUAGACCACACUUGAAAACCUCGAAAACGAUGCGUAUAAAAUGAGGAGGUCCUCUGCUUGGCGCUUCAGCAGUCGAGCAUCCAAGACAAGUCGCAGGCAAAAACAACCCCAGCCCCAGAAACCCACUGCAACCAUGGAGAACCCACAGGUGAAAAAUGGCAACAAGAAGUCAGAGAAUGUAAACCCAGGCAUGAGUGGUUCAAGUGGCAACAGUGCGACCAAUAUUAUAAUAAACCACGACUUCUCUGGAGGUCUGCAUUCUUGGCACCCAAAUUGCUGCAAUGGCUUUGUGGUUUCAGCAGAGUCGGGUCACCCAGGAUUUGUAGCAAAGCCAGGCAGUAAUUAUGCUGUUGUCUCAAAUCGAAAAGAAUGCUGGCAGGGAUUGGAGCAAGAUAUCACGAGCAGGAUUUCUCCGGGUUACACUUACUCAGUUUCUGCACGUGUUGGGGUAUCAGGACCUAUGCAGGGACCGGCUGAUGUACUUGGGACUUUGAAACUGAGAUACAGAGAUUCACUAACUGACUAUUUGUUCAUUGCAAAAACGACUGUGUCAAAGGAGGGGUGGGAAAAGUUGGAAGGCACAUUCACCCUGUUAACCAUGCCUGACCAAGUUGUUUUUUACUUGGAAGGGCCUUCUCCUGGAGUGGACUUACUCAUAGAAUCAGUAGUUAUUACAUGCUCCAGUCAAAGUAACUUCAGUAAUAUAUGCACCCCAAGUGACAUUGCUGGAGAUGGAGAUGCAAACAUCAUCAUAAAUCCCAAAUUUGAGGAUGGCCUGAAUAACUGGUCUGGAAGAGGCUGCAAGAUUGCCCUGCAUGAUUCUAUGGCAGAUGGGAAAAUUGUCCCCCAGUCUGGAAAAAUUUUUGCAUCUGCAACUGAACGCAAUCAAAGUUGGAAUGGAAUCCAGCAGGAGAUAACUGGAAGAGUGCAGAGAAAAUUAGCUUACGAGGCCAUUGCUGUGGUUCGAAUAUUUGGUAACAAUGUUACCAGUGCUGAUGUGCGAGCUACUUUAUGGGUCCAAACACCAGAUCUCCGAGAACAGUACAUAGGCAUUGCCAAUUUGCAGGCAACAGAUAAGGACUGGGUACAGCUGCAAGGAAAGUUCCUCUUGAAUGGGAACCCUAAAAGAGUAGUUAUAUACCUAGAAGGUCCACCUGCAGGUGUUGAUAUUCUUGUCAAUAGUUUGGUUGUAAAGCAUGCCGAGAAAAUACCUCCUUCACCUCCUCCAGCAAUUGAGAAUCCUGCUUAUGGAGUUAAUAUAAUUCAGAAUAGCAAUUUGAGCGAUGGAACCAAUGGGUGGUUUCCUCUUGGUAACUGCAAUCUUAGCGUUGCAACUGGUUCACCAUAUAUACUUCCUCCAAUGGCAAGGGACUCCCUUGGACCUUAUGAACCUUUAAGUGGUCGUUACAUCCUGGUCACUAAACGCACACAGACUUGGAUGGGCCCUGCUCAGAUGAUCACGGAUAAUAUCAAGCUCCUUUUGACAUACCAGGUAUCUGCUUGGGUUAAGAUCAGUUCUGGAGCAACUGGUCCUCAAAAUGUUAAUGUUGCACUUGGAGUGGAUAGCCAAUGGGUCAAUGGGGGACAAGUUGAGAUUAGCGAUAACAGAUGGCAUGAAAUUGGUGGGUCCUUUAGAAUUGAGAAACAACCUUCUAAGGUCAUGGUUUAUGUCCAAGGUCCUGCUCCAGGUGUUGACUUAAUGGUUGCUGGGCUUCAAAUUUUCCCUGUUGACCGAGAGGCACGAUUCAAACAUUUGAGGAGGCAAACUGACAAGAUCCGUAAGCGCAACGUUAUCCUGAAAUUCUCUGGUGUGGAUGCAAGCAGUUUACAUGGGACAUUGGUUAAAGUCAAUCAAACACAAAACAGUUUCCCUUUUGGUACAUGCAUAAGCAGGACAAACAUAGAUAAUGAAGAUUUUGUUAGUUUCUUCGUGAAAAAUUUCAACUGGGCUGUGUUUGGAAAUGAACUGAAAUGGUAUUGGACAGAGGCACAGCAAGGUAACUUCAACUACAGGGAUGCUGAUGAGAUGUUGGAUAUUUGUGUCAAAAACAAAAUAGAAACCCGUGGCCACUGUAUCUUCUGGGAAGUGGAAGGCACAGUCCAGCCAUGGAUUAAAGCUCUGAACAAAAAUGACUUAAUGACGGCUGUUCAAAAUCGUCUAACAGGCCUACUCACUCGGUACAAGGGAAAGUUUAUGCAUUAUGAUGUGAACAAUGAGAUGUUGCAUGGAUCAUUCUAUCAAGAUCGGUUGGGUAAAGAUAUCCGAGCAAACAUGUUCAAGACUGCAAAUCAACUUGAUCAAUCGGCCACCCUCUUUGUGAAUGAUUACCAUGUUGAGGAUGGAGAUGACACCAGAUCAUGUCCAGAAAAGUAUAUUACACAGAUUCUUGACUUGCAAGAACAAGGUGCACCUGUUGGAGGAAUUGGAAUUCAAGGACACAUCGACAGUCCAGUUGGGCCUAUUGUAUCUUCUGCUCUUGAUAAAUUGGGAAUUCUUGGAUUACCAAUCUGGUUUACAGAGCUUGACGUGUCUUCCAUUAAUGAGUAUGUUAGAGGGGAUGAUUUGGAGGUCAUGCUUCGAGAAGCUUAUGCUCAUCCUGCGGUGGAAGGCAUUAUGCUCUGGGGAUUUUGGGAGUUGUUCAUGAGCCGAGACAACGCUCACUUGGUUAAUGCGGAGGGUGAACUCAAUGAAGCUGGUAAAAGAUAUCUUGCUCUUAAAGAAGAGUGGCUAACUGGUUCUCAUGGGCGUAUUAAUGAGCAAGGAGAAUUCUCAUUUAGAGGAUUUCAUGGGACAUACAAGGUGGAAAUUGUUACUCAUUCCAAGAAGAUUACAGAAACAUUUGUUGUUGAUAAGGGCGACACUCCACUGGUGGUAAACAUAGACUUGAAGUAAGUCCUAAAGUAUGUGAUUGCUGAUGAACGUAUUGAAAAGGUAAAUUACGUUUCUCUUGAUAUCAAAAACUGGUGUAAAUAAAUCGGAAUAAAUAAGCAUGAUCAUUCACAUGGUCUAUUCAAACAUUUCACCCUCACUAAAAACUAAAAAAGUUCCAUUUGUAUCUUCAAUGUAACAGCAUAAACGAGGAAUAAAAAUGUCAUGCUUCGUUGUAA